ACCACAGUACAAGAUGCUGUGUCUGGCUUCGAAGAGAUUUCAGUCUAUGUGGACAGAGAGAAAAGGGAAGCUAUCAGCCAAUAAAAUCGUUUGCAAGCCUGUAAUUCAGCAGGUUUUCAAGACCUGUCAAAUGCCCAGCAAUCUCACUCUGCAACUCUGCCUCUUAAAUACAGCAUCUUCCGGCCCAGCAUGGGGCUGGCUAAGCCCAUCAUCCAGAUGUGAUGAACUGGGGUCUGGGAAACCCACACCGGCCUCAUCUGGCUUUUCCAGCCUGUCCUCCCUUCCACACAUCAGGCUGACAGCACCAAACACAGCCGAGGCCUCAGCCCUGAGUCUCCCCGCUGCGGAGUGCCCAAGCCUGAGUUCCAGCAGGUUCUUCAGGGGCCGCUGACCAGGGAGCACUGCGGUGAGGAGCGAGGACUUCGCCCCCACCCCGGCCCAGGGCAGGGGCUUCGUGGUGAGCCCACCCCACCCCACCCCAGAAGGCUCCUGGAAGGGCAGGGCAGACUCGCAGCAAAAUCCUAUAGGAUGGGCCGGGCCAGAGGCAAGGGGUGGCCAAAGGCGCCUGUCCAAGAGGUGGGAGGGACCACACCUGGGGGCAGGGACGAGUCAGGCACAGGGAACUCCGCCAGCCUAGAGGAUCAAAUUCCUCCAGGGUGAACUCUGAGAUAGAAAGUUGGCCCGGGAAGCUCAAGGAGGGAGAGCGGCAGAGGGGAAGACUCUGCAAUUCUGCUUGCCCCCCACCCCGGCCCAGGCAAGCCACCCUGCCCCCCGGCCCCCACCUGCCCGCCCCGCCUGCCCUUCCUCACCCCGGGUGCCUGCGGGAUUGCUGGAGAGGACGUGGCGAUGGAGCCGGGCAGGACCCAGAUAAAGCUUGACCCCAGGUACACAGCAGAUCUUCUGGAGGUGCUGAAGACCAAUUACGGCAUCCCCUCCGCCUGCUUCUCUCAGCCUCCCACAGCAGCCCAACUCCUGAGAGCCCUGGGCCCUGUGGAACUUGCCCUCACCAGCAUCCUGACCUUGCUGGCGCUGGGCUCCAUUGCCAUCUUCCUGGAGGAUGCCGUCUACCUGUACAAGAACACCCUUUGCCCCAUCAAGAGGCGGACUCUGCUCUGGAACAGCUCGGCACCCACGGUGGUGUCUGUGCUGUGCUGCUUUGGUCUCUGGAUCCCUCGUUCCCUGGUGCUGGUGGAAAUGACCAUCACCUCGUUUUAUGCCGUGUGCUUUUACCUGCUGAUGCUGGUCAUGGUGGAAGGCUUUGGGGGGAAGGAGGCAGUGCUGAGGACGCUGAGGGACACCCCGAUGAUGGUCCACACAGGCCCCUGCUGCUGCUGCUGCCCCUGCUGUCCGCGGCUGCUGCUCACCAGGAAGAAGCUUCAGCUGCUGAUGUUGGGCCCUUUCCAAUACGCCUUCUUGAAGAUAACGCUGACCCUGGUGGGCCUGUUUCUCAUCCCCGACGGCAUCUAUGACCCAGCAGACAUUUCUGAGGGGAGCACAGCUCUAUGGAUCAACACUUUCCUCGGCGUGUCCACACUGCUGGCUCUCUGGACCCUGGGCAUCAUUUCCCGUCAAGCCAGGCUACACCUGGGUGAGCAGAACAUGGGAGCCAAAUUUGCUCUGUUCCAGGUUCUUCUCAUCCUGACUGCCCUACAGCCCUCCAUCUUCUCAGUCUUGGCCAACGGUGGGCAGAUUGCUUGUUCGCCUCCCUAUUCCUCUAAAACCAGGUCUCAAGUGAUGAAUUGCCACCUCCUCAUACUGGAGACUUUUCUAAUGACUGUGCUGACACGAAUGUACUACCGAAGGAAAGACCACAGGGUUGGGUAUGAAACUUUCUCUUCUCCAGACCUGGACUUGAACCUCAAAGCCUAAGGUAGAUGGCUUGGACAAUGAAAGGAUGCUGUACUCGUUAGAAUACAAGAUUCCUUUACUGUCCCUCAACCUUGACCAAAUGGGAAGCACUCCCCCUUGUCAACACAAGCUGGCAGAUACAUUUGACUCUACAGAUGAAGGUGAACAAUGUUAGGAUAAAAUUGCUUUGGAUCUUG